CCAGGGGGAAGACUCGAUUGUAUCUAUGUGCGUCUAAAAACAGAGCUUGCCUAAUAAAGCUAUGGGACUUGUGCACUCUCUCUUGGCCUCCCCUGCACUAUAAAUACCCUCGCUGCAGAACAUACAGGCUUUGCUUGUCGCAGCUUUGGAUCCUGCACAUAAUCCUGUCACACACAGGGAACUAAGUUCUCCCCAAAACACAAGGAACUCAGUCGUACACAAAGAUGCCCAGAGUGGAUGCUGAUUUGAAACUUGACUUUAAAGAUGUCCUUUUUCGACCCAAGAGGAGCAGCCUUAAAAGCAGGGCAGAGGUGGACCUGGUACGAACCUUUACAUUCAGGAACUCCAAACAAACGUACACUGGCAUCCCUAUAAUUGCUGCCAAUAUGGAUACUGUUGGGACAUUUGAGAUCGCAAGGGCACUGAGCAAGUUAACAUUAUUCACCGCCAUUCACAAACAUUACUCACUGGAAGAAUGGAAACUCUUUGCCUCUACAUAUCCUGAAUGUCUUGAGCACGUAGCAGCAAGCUCGGGCAGUGGGCAGGCAGAUUUGGAAAAGCUCUGCAGCAUUCUAGAAGCAAUUCCGCUCAUUAAGUACAUUUGUUUGGAUGUCGCUAAUGGAUACUCCGAACAUUUUGUUGAAUUUGUGAAAACAGUACAUGCCAAAUUCCCAAACCAUACUAUCAUGGCAGGCAAUGUAGUUACUGGAGAAAUGGUUGAAGAACUUAUUCUUUCUGGGGCGGAUAUCAUAAAGGUUGGAAUUGGACCAGGAUCUGUGUGUACAACUAGAAUCAAAACAGGUGUUGGAUACCCUCAGUUAAGCGCUGUGAUUGAAUGUGCUGACUCUGCCCAUGGGCUAAAAGGACACAUCAUUUCCGAUGGGGGUUGCAGCUGUCCUGGAGAUGUCGCUAAAGCUUUUGGAGCCGGAGCAGAUUUUGUGAUGCUGGGAGGAAUGCUUGCUGGACAUGACCAGUGUUCAGGGGAAAUCAUGGAGAAAAAUGGGAAAAAAAUUAUGCUUUUCUAUGGCAUGAGCUCAGACACAGCAAUGAAGAAGCACGCUGGCAAAGUGGCUGAAUAUAGGGCUUCUGAAGGCAGAACUGUAGAAGUCCCUUACAGAGGUGAUGUGGAAAACACCAUUCGGGACAUACUUGGAGGCCUCAGAUCAACCUGUACUUAUGUGGGUGCUGCCAAAUUAAAAGAGCUAAGCAGACGGACAACUUUUAUCCGCGUUACUCAGCAGUACAACCAAACGUUUUCUUAGACUCAAACAAAGCCGCAAUAAUCCUAAUGUAACGUCAUUUUUUUAUACACAGCUCUCUUCAGAAUGUAUAUGACUGGACAUUACUUUCUAUGCACUAACAUUUACUAUUUUAUUACCUCAUAUUUUACAUUAGUUAGAUUUAACAAAAUAUACCUUUAUGGAUUUGCCUUUAUCAAUAAACAGCUUGCAGUGGUCAAUGUGCAAUUUCAUAACAAUUUUUAACUUAACUAAAUAUAUUAAAUAAAUAUUAAAUAUAUUAUAAUUAUAUAUUUAUUUAUACUUUUAUUUUUUUUAUAUUAAUAUGAAAUGGAGGCAUAGCCCAUAUUGGCUAUUAUUGAAAUGUUCAGCGUAGCUAUGGAAACCAGUUAACACCACCGGCUGUGGAUGAUAUCUCUCUGGUACUAUACAUUCUACAUCUUCAAUCUGACAUAAUUAUUAGCAACAUUCAUGCAAAUAAUGAUUAAUUGCUAUGUACAAGCAUUACUUGAUAUGAAAGGCUUCAAUUAGAUUGCUGUUAUAAAGACUAUAUUUUGAUUUGCAGUUAAGGGAUGACAAGUAUAUGUUUAUCAGGUAUUCUUUGUUGAAGAGCAUACAUAGGUAGGUAGUGUACAUGUGUAUGGAUCACUAUAUGUCAGCAGUUUUGCAAGAAUGCUUGUGAGCACUAGCAGCAAGGUGUGUACAGUGUAUAACAUUGCUAAAAGCUUUCUUGCAAAAGUUGCUGUCAUAAAGUGUUCAACAUACUUGCAUGCUCCUGAGCCUACCUGCUUUUCAGCAAAUAACACCAAAAGAAUUAAGUACAUUUUUAAAACGGAACACUCCGCAUUAAUCAUGCAUAAUUUGGGCCUUUAUGUCCUUUUAAAUGAAGAUACAAACAUAUUGAAUAAUCAGGAUGGAAAACAAUGGCAAUGUGUAAUGUGCCUUUAAUAAAUGCUGUCUGUUCUGUAAGGGUGAUGUAUCUUUAUUAAAUGACACUUGUUCUGUAUUUGCACUUUAAAAGACCUUACAGCCUGCACUGGAAUAUAUCCUGGAGACCAUAGCCAUAUAUUUUGGUGCCAAGGGGUUAAAUGAUUUUUAAUACUUAACUGUAUCUUUAUUUGUCAGGUUCUUUGAAGGGUUCUAUAUGCAUGGAAUCUUGAAAGGAAUAAUUUGGCAUCACCUCUGAAUUUUAGAGCGUCAUUAACAACCCAUGGAAUAUUUAUAUAUGCUUUGUGAAGAAAGCAGAAAGGCAUUUCUCUUGUGAAAUGUGUAUAGUGUAUCCAUAGCUUAAAUAAUCAACUUAUCGCGGGGAAAAAAAAUCUUUAUUAUGAAUGCCUUACCUUGAAACGGUUUACAUAGGAAAUAUGUGAAAAAAAUGAAUACCUUGAUGUUUAAAUACAUUUUAAAAAUCACUGUUUUAUUAUCGAACAAAAAUAUAUGUAAAAGAAGGUUUUCAAUGGAUAUUUCCCCAGCGUGCAUCCAGAUCUUGCAUGAGUAAGCAAUUAAUAGAAAGCUAAUAAAUGUAUAUUUGUUAAAGUGA